ACCGCCGCUGCAGGAGAUUUUUUUCUCUCGGCCUCUCUUCUUCGUUGUCUCAAACCCUAACACCAUCAAAGUUCCAUCGAAACUUUUUCUGAGGUUUUCUUUGUUCUCUCUCUCUUAUGAUUCACUGAAGAAGACGAUAUCUUGUCGGCGCCUUUCUCACAUCAUAGUUUUCCUUCCAUUCCAUUUUUGGAGAAAUUUGGGCGGUCUGAAGCUUAAUUUCUUCUGCGAGUUGUAGAAUCUCUGCCUAUGGCCACAGCAGAAGCAGCUACUGCUUCUGUUGGUCCGAGAUAUGCCCCAGAGGAUCCAACUCUUCCUCAACCUUGGAAAGGAUUGAUAGAUGGAAGCACCGGGGUUUUGUAUUACUGGAACCCCGAAACGAAUAUCACUCAAUACGAAAGACCUUCAGCCCCCCCUCCACUGUUACCCGCUGGCCCUCCACCAUCUUCAGCGACACCGAAGCUCGCUCAGAUUCCUGUACCAUCUGCAGGACAAGUUCAUCAAUCUCAGCCAGACCAGCUAACAUCGGUAAAGCAGGUGGCUCAGCAGAAUGUAACCCAUGGUUCUGACAGGCAAGCUGCACAAGAACAGGGCUCAGCCCUAGGACACGGUCUACAACAGCCUCAGCAGUUCUCGGCCCACCAUGUGAGACCCCAAAUGUUGCAACCCGGCCAGCAAGCUCCUCAACAAACUCAUGGCCAUCCUGCACAGCUACAGGCUUACCAGCCGAUGCAGCUGCAGCAGCAGCAAGUGUUGCAGAACCAGCACUCUCAGAUGCCGCAGCAGCAAAGCCACCAGUAUGGGCAUUCACAGCAACAGUACAUGGGUUAUCAGCCAUAUGUGAUGCCACAAGGGCCUCAGAAUUUGCAUCAAGCACCCCAGGUGGGCCCCCGUGGUCAGCAGUUCCCAGGUCGACAAGAGUACGAUUCAGGGGGACCAAAUAGGGAGGAGGAAGAGUUCCACACCGAGAAGAAAACCAGGUUUUCUCAACCGCAUCUACAAAAUGUGAUGGGAUCGUCAUCCCAAAAUAUCCCUUUUGAAGCUAAUCCAGCUCAAAUGCCGAGAACUGGUGCAAACUUAGGUCACCAGCACAAUGGCCCUCCAGCAAACAUGCAACAUCCCACUUCAUCUGGUCAAUUCCAACAACCUGGGGCUAAUCUGGUUCACCAGCAGCUAGGACCUAGUCCUCAAAAUCACAUGGACCCGACAAUGUUGCACCAGAAAUCUCAUCCUCUUCCUUUCGAAUCAAACAAGAGUUAUGAUAGUAAUCUAAACGCUAGGCCCGGGAAUGGCUCCUACUUUAAUGCCAGAGUAGAAGGGCCGGUGAGGGGUUCCCAACAACUUCAUCCUGCAACAAUGCCUAAAGAUGUAAGGACAGGUAGCGGUCCACUGUUAAAUGCUGUGCCUGGUCAUCCCGGUGCAUUGGAUCCAGCACUUGGGCGCAGUGUCCAUGGAACAUAUGGACACACUGGUCCUGCUUUUCCAAAUAAUCCCUCAUUGAGGCCUCCACUCCUUGGCCCUUCUGAUGUUUCUCAUCUCUCACCCGUUGAAGUCUACCGUCAGCAACAUGAAGUUACAACAACAGGUGAUAAUAUUCCAGCUCCAUUCAUCACAUUUGAGGCCACUGGUUUCCCGCCUGAAAUACUCAGAGAGUUGCAUUCUGCUGGAUUUGCAUCUCCAACACCAAUCCAGGCUCAAACAUGGCCAAUUGCUCUGCAAAGCAGGGAUGUAGUUGCAAUUGCCAAAACUGGUUCUGGUAAAACAUUGGGAUACCUGAUUCCGGCUUUCAUUCUUCUAAGUCACUGUCGGAACGAUCCUCGCAAUGGCCCGACAAUGUUGGUUUUAGCUCCUACUCGAGAGCUUGCCACACAAAUACAAGAUGAAGCCAUUAGGUUCGGUCGGUCUUCCAGGAUUUCGUGCACUUGCUUGUAUGGCGGAGCUCCUAAGGGUCCUCAAUUGAAAGAGUUGGAACGAGGAGCUGAUAUUGUCGUGGCAACUCCUGGCCGUCUAAAUGAUAUAUUGGAAAUGAAGAAGAUUGAUUUCCAGCAGGUUUCGUUACUCGUUCUUGAUGAGGCUGACCGUAUGCUUGACAUGGGUUUCGAACCUCAGAUCCGAAGGAUUGUGAAUGAAAUACCCCCUCGAAGGCAAACUCUCAUGUAUACAGCUACUUGGCCAAAAGAAGUAAGGAAAAUAGCUAGUGAUCUUCUUGUAAAUCCAGUCCAAGUAAACAUAGGCAGUGUGGAUGAGCUGGCUGCAAACAAGGCAAUAACACAGUACGUUGAAGUAGUCCCGCAAAUGGAGAAGGAGAGACGUCUAGAGCAAAUCCUCAGGUCGCAAGAACGGGGCUCGAAAGUUAUAAUCUUCUGUUCGACAAAGAGGCUAUGUGACCAUCUUGCACGUAGUGUCGGGCGUAAUUUCGGGGCUGUGGUAAUCCAUGGAGACAAAUCUCAAGGUGAGAGAGAUUGGGUUCUUAACCAGUUCCGGAGUGGGAAGUCCUCUGUAUUGAUAGCUACCGAUGUUGCGGCCCGGGGGCUUGACAUAAAAGAUAUAAGAGUCGUGAUCAACUAUGAUUUUCCGACGGGAAUUGAAGACUAUGUCCAUCGGAUUGGAAGAACUGGCCGAGCUGGUGCGACCGGAGUCGCGUACACUUUCUUCUCAGAUCAGGACUGGAAAUACGCACCUGAUUUGAUCAAAGUCCUGGAGGGGGCAAACCAGCAAGUGCCGCCGCAGGUCCGUGAGAUUGCCAUGCGUGGUGGAGGGGGCGGUGGCUCGGGUUUCCCCAGGGACAGAGGGGCCAUGGUUAGUCGGUUCGAUUCUGGUGGUGGUAGCCGAUGGGACUCUUCAGGACCUGCAAGGGAAGUCAGAGCAGGUGGGCAGUUUGGCGGGUUUGGUGGCCGUGGAAUGAGAGAUGACUCGUUUGGGCGUGGCGGCGGAAACAGGGGUCGGGGUUUCACCGGUGGUCCUGGUUUUGGUAACAGUAAUGGGGGUAGAGGAGGCAUGCAAGGGCGGUUUGGUAAUAACAUGGACGGGUUUGGCCGUGGCCGUGGUGGCGGUAGAGGCUUUGGACGAGGAGGAGGAGGCCGGUUUGAUCAGAGAAGAGGAGGACCUAUGGAUAGGAGUAGAGGCAGAAGUCGUAGCAGAAGCCCUGAGCUUGUUCGGACAUGGCGGGGCAGUCGUAGCCGGAGCCGGAGCCGGAGCCGGAGCCGAAGCUAUAGCCGAAGUCGGAGCCGGAGCUGGUCGCGGUCUAGGAGUCGAAGCCCAAGAUACAACCGUUACCGUAGCAGAAGUAGAAGCUACAGCCGGAGCCCUAGCCCAAGCUACGAGAGACGAGAAAGGCGGCCGAGGGUUUCUGGGUUUGACGUGAAGCCACCCGAGCCGAACCCGGCAUCGGCCGAGUCCCAUGGUAACGGAGUUGUGGAGCCGGAGAUGAAACCACCACCGGCGGCUGGAGCAGGUUCAGUGGAAUAAGGCCAAAACCAUGAAAAAGAUGAAACCUUGAGGAAAUUACUAUUCAAUCCUGAAUUUGUCUUUAAUUGAAUUUUAAAACUUAUUCACGGAAACUUUUUUUUUGUUUCGCUUUUUCUUUGUUUUAUUAUUAUUUUUUUUGUUGCUGUAAGGAGAGGUUUGUAUUACGGUAUUUCUGUAACAUUUGCCUUAAAAAAAAUCUAAAAAAGAGGUGGUAAAAACUA